AUGAUCAAGCGCGCCUUUGCCACAUCGGCCUCAGUCGCUGCUCAGGCCGUCCGCGUGCCCAUCCAAACUUAUGGUAUCGAGGGUAAAUAUGCCUCCUCCUUGUACACUGCUGCCCAUAAGAAGAACGUCUUGGACGCCGUAGACAAGGACCUGCAGAAGGUGAAGGACUUGUACGCCACCAGCAAGGACUUCAAGGUGUGUUUUUUAUUUAUUUUUUCUUGAUUUUAGAUUAAAUGGAAGUUAUCCGAAGCAAGAAGGAGCUUGUCUUCUUUAGCGCUCAAGAAUAUGAGGUUGGGAGUGGUUUUCACUUCUCGUUAGCCAUGUUUUUGGGAUAUUUUUGCUCUUUAUCAAGUGUAAUACCAAUUUCUUUAGACUUUCGUCCAAAACCCAACCUUAAAGAGAAACCAGAAGAAGGCUGCCGUCGAGGCUGUCUUGAAGAAGGUUGGUGUUUCCUCUGAGGUCCAAAACUUCUGCGGUAUGUCUUAUUAUCGAAAAUUUUCUUCGAUUUUUCUGCCUGAACUAACGUUUUUUAUUUUCAGGUGUCUUGGCCGAGAACGGACGUCUGGCCAACCUUCAGGCUGUUAUCAACUCCUUCGAAACGAUCAUGCGCGCUUAUCGCGGAGAAUUGGCUGUUGAUGUUGUUUCUGCCGAAGUAAGUCUUUUGUUUUUUGUUUAUAUUUUAGGUAGUAUCUGCAAUACGGAUCCACAAUCCUCAUUAAUUCUCGUUUCAGAAGCUGAACUCUUCUCAAGAGGCCGCUUUGAAAGACGCUCUCUCCAAGCACGUCAAGGCCGGCCAAAAGUUGACCAUCAACUUCCAAGUGAAGCCCUCAAUCAUUGGAGGUCUUGUGGUGACGAUUGGUGACAGAUACGUCGACCUGUCGGUUGCCUCCAAGAUCAAGAAGCUCUCCGAUGUCGUCAAAACCACUCUCUAA